AGGUUAUUUGUUUUUAUGAAAGAAAACCUUGAUUUUGAGUCAUUACAAGAUGAAUUGAUUCAGAGAGAAUUAUUACAUGAGAAAGAAAAAGAAGACUAUAUAUAUAAAACUAAGAGUAAGCAUUUUUGGAAUGAAAAACUAAUCAAACUAAUUAUCAAAAAAAGAAGAUGCAAAGAAUUUAUUGAAUUUAUCAACGAUAUGCCUUGCCUUAUACAUAUUUCUGAAAAAAUUGUCGAAAUUAAAAAAAACACGGAAAGUUCAUCAUCAGAUCUAUCAGUUGCUGUGCCAUUAAGUGAUGCAUUAUUGCAAGAACAUUUAGCUAUCCUUUACAAUGAACUUGAACCUCGUGAAAUUGCAGAUGAAAUGUUUCAGGCUGGUCAUAUUAACGUCAGUGACCACGACGAUGUGACUGAAUGUCCCAAGAAGUGGAAACGAAUGAAAUGUCUUUUGAAUAUAUUAAAAAAGAAUAAGUUGUAUACACCUUUUGGUUACACACUGUCUUUGAAGUAUGUGGAAGUGCUGGACGUAUUACAACAGGGCAAAGAAACAACAAGCAUCGCCUCCGACCAUGCUCAUUGCAUACAACACAACUUUACCCUCCUCCAAACGGAACUCCCGGGAACUGAUAUUGCUACAGUCACUAUGGAGCACAUACUCGAUGAAUCAAAUAUCAGUGACAUAGAGUGUUGUUUUGGUGCAAGACGCCAGAAAUCCAAGCUGCUUAAAAUACUUCUGAUGAAAGGAGACUCGGCCUGCUUGGAACUUUUAAGAGUUGUUGAAGUGGAAUUAAAAAGAGUAGAUUUGCUACAAACUAUGAAAAAACGGAGCGCUAAUAUAAAGGAGAGAGGCAAACCUAAGUUGCCUAUCAGUCUACAAAGACUGGAAAUCUCGUGUAUUCAAGAACAUGAAGACGUGUUGCAUGAUGAACUGGAUCCGUCCGAUCAUAGCGACCUCUUGUUUGAGGAGAGAGCAAUAGAAAUUAUUGCCCAUGACCAAAUUACAGAAAGUGAUUUACGCAGUAAACAGACUGGAUAUCUUUUAAAAACAAUAAAGGAAAACAAAAACGAUUGUUUUCAUUUUUUCUUAUACAUUCUUCAAAAAGAGGAAUACGAAUAUAUUCUUCAGAAGCUGUGCGAGAGGCCGGCCCCAAAAAUUGAAAGUUCUGAGUCAGUUGGAACAUUAAAUUGGAGAUUAUUGCACAGUGUAAAAAAAGUACCAGAUGGCAUACUCAAUGAAAAUAUAUCCGUGCGUUUGUCGAUAGAGGAUUGCAGCAGAGCACAUGUAGAAGAAAAUUUAUUUGAACGUAUUCAGUCUCCUGAUUUUGGGAUUCUAGAGGAAGCUAUUGUUCAUGGACAAAUGAUACCUGAGGAUAUUAACCGUGGUUCCAUAAUCCUUCAUUUAAGACCAGUAACUGACGAAGCAGCUCAAACCUUGCUAAAUGCUAAAGACAAUAACAAGCUAUUGGAAAUGAUUUUUAGAAUCCUCAAAAAGGUUAAAGUUGAAGACAUUAUUGAUGAAGAAGAGCCACUGAAAAUCAAGGUGCAAGUUCAGUACGCAAAGUCAUCUAAAGAAAGGCAAGAUUCCAGUCUUUCAAAGGUUGGCCUAAUAAAAAAACGAGUGAAAAUCCACAGUGAUGUUCUUGUCUCAGAAUUAGAGCCAAGGGCUUUGGCAUCGCUACUGACAAACUCUUCAAACUUGCCAGAUAAUAUUAAUAUCGUGCACUCUGUUAAUAAUGCUCGUAGUUGUAAAGAAAGAGUUGAAGAGAUUUUGUCUUUGGUUGAAGCUGGAAAUGCUGGGGUUGUGGAGGAUUUUAUGACUGCUCUAAAGAAUCUUGAGUAUUUUGACAUUGUUGAGUUGAUUGACCCCUCUGACAUCCACCGCAAAGCAGAAAAUAUCAGAAAAGUUAUAACAUAUAACUAUCAACACAUUCUAAAUGAAAUACAAAUGGCAUUAGUUAGAGAAACAUUAUCAAAGUGUAUUGGAGAUGUUGAUUGCAUAAGAGAAAAAUGUUUGCCGCGAAAUGGACAACGCAGACAAAGAAUGAGCCAAUUUCUUCAGUUUGUUCUACAAGAUGACCACAAUGUUAUUGAAUUUGAGAGAGUAUUGAAGAAGAAUGGUUUAGAUUCACUUCUAAAAAUAGAUGAAAAUAGUGAAGGAGGUCCAACACCGAACAUUGAUGUGACAAUUGUUGAGGAGGAUCAUUACUCAUUAUCUUCAAAAGAAGUCUUAUUUGAGUCCACAAUCACCUUGUCUUAUACUGGAAAUUGUCAGGACAGAAAAAUAACACUUCAAAACGGAGCAAGUCAAAGGGACUUCGAUAUAGACGAUGAAGAUGAUAACUACGAGAACAAAGCCUCCGAUUUUGUGUCGUUUAGAACAAUUUCACCCGGAGCAGGCUUCGUUCCAGAUUUUGAGAGUGAUGAAGAAGAUAGUGACAAUGACGAAGUCGAACAACUGUUAGCAGACGUUGAAGAGAGACAAGGUUUUCACACAGUCACAGUUAGGAAGGAGGUGGUGAAACCCCACAAACCAUUGGUAGAGGUAGAAUUUGAUCCAGUAUGGAACAAAAAGAUCGGAGCGGUAGAAAAAACAUCCAAAGCGCCUCAACAGGAUGAAGAUUCUCCAGCAGAAGAAGUAGACAGUAAACAAGAAGACUAUAUUGACUGCUCGAGCCCUAGAAGCUGGAUAGAGGAAGUGGAUUUUGUAUGUGAAUCUGAAGUCUCUUCGAACCCCGAAAGUGAGUAUGAUGCACCUCCAGAGUUUGAAAGCGAUUCCGACAGUGAUGCACAAGAUGAUACACCAGUGAGUUCGAAUCCUGUAGACGCAUGCAUGACAAGAAUGACACUAUCCCAAAAUGUAACCAUCGAGUACCCCGAUAGGUACCACGUGGAUCCUACACGAGCUGUCACGUGGUCACAAGAGAAGAGGGCUGCUGAACGAAGGGAUAUUACUCUGCAAUUCAUGGAGAAAAUGUGCACAGAUAUUUACUUGCUAGUAGAUAAAAGGGACAAGAAAAAAGUGCUGGUAUUUGAUCAGUCUGACGAAGCAGUUGUUACUUUUUCUGUAAAAGUAAAUAAAGACGAAAAAGAUGUCGGGUAUAGGUAUGAGGCAAGGAUAAAGAACAAGUCCAAUUGGGUUACCAGAAUGGCCAAUUGUAAGGGAGACGAAAUAAAAUUCCACGCAACAGAAGUUGAAUCGUUCUACAUCGUCAAUAUCCCCAUAAAAGAAACAGAAAUAGUUCAACCCGAGGGAAACACGUUGUCUUUCAAACACUCAGGGGGCGUGUACAUUGACAUGCCAUCACAAACUGUGGAAAUACCUCAACCAAUUGCUAUGCAGCUCAGUAAUGUGGACAAAUGUGCUAUGGAGAAACGUCACAGUUUAUUCCCGGAGAAGUUCAAGCUCCAGAAAAUAUCUCAGAGGUUGUACGUUCAGCACGACAUCGAAAUGUUUAACAAAGCCUUUUCCGUGAAGCUAGAUCUAGAGAGUUUCGGAGACACUGAUGCUGGCCCAUUGGAACCAGUGGCAAUCAUAUGGAAUGAUGGGGAACCUACAAUAAAGUCCAAGGCAGAGUGUUCUCUGAGUCACCAGGCCAACAAAGCCGUCAUGACAAUGAAGAAUUUUCCUAAUAGAUCAGGAUUAUCAGUUGGCUUAGUUGCGCCUGGGAAAAUGAACCAAGAUGAGGCUAAACUAGCCUACGCCGAUGUCUUCUUGUGUAAAAUUACCAUACACAUAAAGAUUGACAAUCCCCAGGAAGCCACGGUUUACAUCAACUGCGUUAUGAUAGAAAACUUACCAACCCUGUUGGACCACUAUAAACCUCAGUGGUUGAUUGGUAUAUCAGAAGACUUAUAUUUAAAGAACUUUCAAAGAAUCCGUGUACAUCUAUCGGGAAAUUCUAUACAAAAAAAGUCCAGCAGGCAAAAGGUGCUCAACUGUUUUAUAGUGUUUUCAAAUCGAGCAGAAGAAAAUUGCUUGUCUUUUAGAAUUGAUAAGGACACCCGGAUGGGUGGGUGUCCGAACACGGUUUUGGAUUUUAGUUUAGACAGUGGUUCCAAGAGAAAACUCCAUCGGCAAGAGUUUGACCCAUGGAUGCUCGUUGGGAGAAAGCCCGGAUGCCUUGAUUAAAGUUCUGUUUUCACAUUCUCUAAAGGACAGACGUUUGUUGAUUUAAAGACACCAAGACCCUUAUACGCGGGGUUUUUUUGUUGGGGGGGGGGGGGGGGUAUAUCGUGCGGUAUUUUCAAAUGUUUGCAUUUGAGUAUCUACGGUAAAUAUAUACAGUAUCCACUGCAAUGCUCCAAUUGGACCGAAAUUCCUUUCCGCCUCGUAUGCGGAAUGAGUUGUCUGAAUUUAUAAUCGUAGUUAUCGAUAUAAUUUAUGAAUUAUGAAACCUAUAUGCUUACAAUAAUUAACUAAUUACAGCUUAAUAAAAGUUGCAAGUUGCAAGCUAGUUUUAUUAAAAAGAUAUCUAUAGUUGUGAUUCAUGUGUGUAAAGCAAUUAGUGUCAACUAAUUAUCAUUCAAACUCCAUUGCUAAAUAUUCCUUUGAUUUCAAUAUCUACGAACACAUUUCUUCCGUAUAUUUUAAUUUUGGAGGGUAUCUUUUGAUCAUAGACUUAUGGAUUCAGCCAAGCAAGUUGUCUACCUUUGACUUUUUUUUUUUAUUUUUCUAUAUUUAUUAAACAAUAUACAUUUGGAUGCGAGAUAAUACCUCCGCAAAGGCUCUCUAGAUAUACAUCACCUGGGGUGCCUGGGGCCCCCUGGAUCAGUAGUGCUAUUCAGCAGUAUAAA